AUGGCAGCCCCUCGCCUUGACACAGACGAGGUUAUCCUCGUGCCUAAAAUGUUUUCUCCUCCAACCCUCGAGCAAGAGGUUGUGAACAGAUACAAGCAUCUACGGCUCCAUGGUCUCAAAGUCGAUCCUCAAUCAUUCUCCGCAACUUACGAGGACGAGUCCAAGUUUGACGAUGACGUUUGGCUAUCCCGGAUACACAAUCCAGUUGGCAAGACUUUUGCCGCUGUGACCGACUCCAACACUCAAUCGGAAGCGUCCACGACUGAAACGCUUGUCAAAACCAACGGUGCCAAUGAUGCGCUUCAGCGGUUACUACGAAAAGAAUGGGUGGGCAUCGUGACACUGCUGGGACCGGGGGUAUUCUCCCGGCCAAACGAGGGCGUCGCGACAGGGCUGAACCAGCCUUCCGAAGUAUUCAUUCAGAACAACCAGUACCAAAUUCCAACAACCACAUCCGAGCUGGGUGAUUUGAGCGGUGCGCACCUUGUAUACCUGGUUGUCGGCAUGUUUGUUUCACCGUCAGGCCGGCGACGAGGACACGGACAGCGUCUCAUGGAGGCGACAAUUGCGGCUGCUACCGAGGAGGUUCGCGCGCUUGAAGGAAGCAAAGUUAGCAUCACCGUGCAGGUCGAGUCUGGUAAUCUUCGUGCACAGCGUCUAUAUGAGAGAGUGGGGUUCAAGGUGGUUGAUGAAGCGGUGGUAAUCGAGAACCGUCAAGGAGCAAAGUCGAGCGUAGUGUGCUUGGAGUUGGAGAUUGAUUUGUCUGCAUGA